CGAUGGAGAACACUCUUUUUGUGCUUCAGCUCGAGUCGAGCUUGAGAAAAGCUGAGGGACGCAAAAUUUCGGAGAAGAAACGCACGAGUUACGCAAAUCCGCCAUGCCUGGACGCCCACUUUGGCAGGUUGCUGGCAAGCGUGAAGCAAAUCAAGAAGCAGAAGCUCAACAAUGGAUCGAGACCGUAAUUGGCGAAAGAUUUCCAUCAGAAUUGAAUUACGAGGAUGCUUUGAGAGAUGGUGUCAUCUUCUGCAAGCUCAUGAACAAAUUGCAGCCUGGCCUGAUCUCCAAGAUCAAUACGUCCGGUGGCGAUUAUAAGAUGAUGGACAACCUCAAUCAAUUCCAAAAAGCCUGUGUAAAAUAUGGCGUACCUGAUGUUGAUCUUUUCCAAGCUGUUGAUCUGAUGGAACGUAAAAAUAUCGCUCAAGUAACGAACACUAUCUUCGCUAUUGGACGCACGACAUACAAGCAUCCUGAAUGGCGCGGUCCUUGGUUGGGUCCGAAACCAGCAGAAGAAAAUAAAAGGUCCUUCACAGAAGAGCAACUAAGAGCUGGCGAGGGACUUAUUGGCUUGCAAGCUGGUACUAAUAAGGGAGCUACUCAAGCAGGACAAAAUUUCGGAGCUACAAGAAAAAUACUUCUUGGAAAGUAAUUGAAUUUUUGCUAGAAAUAUUGCUAGAAAUAUUUUGUUCAACAAAAGAUAAUCUUUUAAAUAUAAACAUAUCACAAUGUAAAAUUAACUCAUUAGAGAUGAUUUGUUUAAUCGUAAUAUUAAUUAACACUUUUGCAAAAGAACACACUAUGUUUUACAAUUCUUUCUUUGUCAUGAAAUACAUAAAUACAUGUAUGUAUACACACAUACACACAUACAUUCGCCCACACAUAUAUACAUUUCGCUACAUAAAACAUAAGUGAUAUUAAUAUAUACGUAUCAGACACAUUAAUUAUUCUGUAGUUAAUUGUUCUUUAUUAUCUCUUUUUCGUGUAUUUAACAAAGUGUAAUCAGUAAUAUAAUAACACUUAUGUUUCGACAAUGAAAAAA